CAUGCAUUAGAUUAGACCAUUUCACAAAAACUCACUCACCAAAUUUUCCCUUUAAAAACCCAAAAACCCAAACCCAAAACUCCCCUCAUUCAUAAACCAUAACUACCUCAAUUUUCUCUCAUAUUUUCUUUCUUUUUUUCUCGAGAAACAAACAAACAAACAAAUAACAAAACACACAUACACAAACCAAACCAACAUGGUUGUUCUUUCAAGACCAGCAUUAGACCAUUUCUCACAUAUCAAAACAUACAAACCAACAUCAAAUUUCUUCAAUGAAAUCCCUGUUGUUGACCUCUCUAACCCAGAUGAAGCUAAAACCUCCAUAAUCAAAGCUUGUGAAGAAUUUGGCUUCUUUAAAGUCAUCAACCAUGGUGUACCAAUGGACUUCAUCAACAAACUCGAAGAUGAAGCUUUCAAAUUCUUCAAUCUUCCUCAAUCUGAAAAAGAUAAAUCUGGUCCUCCAGACCCAUUUGGAUAUGGUAGUAAAAGAAUUGGAAGAAACGGUGAUAUUGGUUGGAUUGAAUAUAUUCUUCUCAACACAAACCAAGAUCAAAAAACCCUCUUCACUUUCCGAGAAAAUCCUGAAAUUUUCCGUUCGGCGGUGGAGAAAUAUAUAACGGCUGUUAAAACGAUGUCGUUUGAGAUACUUGAAUUAAUGGCUGAUGGAUUAAGAAUUGAACCGAGAAAUGUACUGAGUAAAAUGUUGAGUGAUGAGAAAAGUGACUCGUGUUUCAGACUCAAUCAUUAUCCACCAUGUCCAGAGCUUGGAGCUUUGAGUGGUAGGAAUUUGAUUGGGUUUGGUGAACACACAGACCCACAAAUCAUUUCUGUGUUGAGAUCCAACAACACUUCUGGUUUUCAAAUCACAAUCAAAGAUGGAGCUUGGCUCUCUGUUCCACCUGAUCAAAACUCUUUCUUUAUCAACGUUGGUGAUUCUUUACAGGUAAUGACUAAUGGAAAAUUCAAGAGCUUAAAGCAUAGAGUUUUGGCUGACCCAAGAAAAGCAAGACUUUCUAUGAUAUUUUUUGGAGGACCACCUUUGAGUGAGAAAAUUGCACCAUUACCUAGUUUGGUGGGUAAAGAUGAAGAGAGUUUGUACAAAGAGUUCACAUGGUGGGAAUAUAAAACUUCUGCCUAUAAGUCAAGACUAGCUGAUAAUAGGCUAGGACUCUUUCAAAAAUCCCAUAUUAAUUAAUAAAUUAAUUAAUUAAUAAUCUUCUUGUACUUCUUCUUCUUUGUUGUGUGGGUCAAAAUCCCUCUUUCUCUCUCUCUCUCUCAUAAAAAAAAUAUAAAUAUAUUAGGUUUUUUUUUUUUUUUUGGGUUAAAGAAAAGUGGUUCAACAUAGCUAGGUUUGGAAAUAGUUGACUAAACCUUUCCAUAGUUGGAAAAGUGAAUAGGUUGUUCUUUUUUUUUUAUUAUUUAUCUUUUCUCAUUAUUAAUUCUACCUUUGUGUAUCUUUUUUCAACUUUUUGCCUUUGUUUAAAUAUGUAACAACUAUAUAUAUAUAAACAACAAAAUACCUCAAUUUCUAGGUCUCUUGCUUUUUGCCAUUAAUGAAAGUUGUUCAUCAAAA